GCGGCGUCCCCGGCCAGGGCCGCCAGGGCGCAGACCGAACCCACAACCUCAUCUCGGAUUCUCGGCUCAUCGAUCUCAUCUCGAACUCGGAGUGCUUGCUUCCAGCCAGGCCAUUUAGUCCGGAUUCCCUUUGUGCUUCGUCGGUGAUCGGCGGUGCUCGACCGGCCAUGGGCAACUACAUGUCGUGCACGCUGGCGAAGGCGCCGGGCGGGAGGUGCGCGAGGGUGAUCCUCCCCGACGGCAGCGUCAGGCAGGUGGCGCUCCCGGCGACGGCGGCCGAGCUGAUGAUGGACGCGCCGGGGCACUUCCUCGUCGACGCGCGCGCCGCGGCCGUCGGGGCGCGCCUGGCCGCGCUGCCGGCCGACGAGGAGCUCGAGCUCGGCGGCGCGUACGCCACGUUCCCGAUGAAGCGCCUGGGCACGCCCCUGGCGGCGGCGGACGCGGCGCGCCUGGCCGCCGCGGCCACCAGGGAGGCGCGGCGGUCGUCCGCCAAGGUGUCGGACGACCCGCCGCCCGCCGAGGUGGCCGCGGCCGCGGAGGAGAAGGCGCCGAGGCUGCGGCUGGAGGACAUGGAGGUGGACGACGCGGCGGCCGCGGAGGUCGGCGCGCUCAAGCACCGGCUCGGCAAUGCGCGGGCCAGGAGGCCGACGCUGGAGACCAUACAGGAGGAGAAUUACCUGUCGUCGAGAGCCUAAGACACGCGUGGCGUGGCCAAUAUUUUUUGAUAUGCGAUUCAAGCACACGCCUUUUCUUUUCUUUCUCCGUUUCAAUUUUGGAGCAUUCGGUUGAACUGAAGUUCCAAAAAAACGUGUAAUUGAUGUAACCAAAUUGUACAGACCGUGUUUUUGUGAAAAGAAAAAUACAUGUACACUAGGAAUACUAGGUCAGGCUUUUCAGUUGUUUA